AUGGCAAUGAAUCAUUUUCAGAGUAAUACUAAUAAUAUUUUCGUGAAUCAUCAUCAGCCCUUGUCGAUCAACUACGUUCCAGCACAUGAAACAAACCCUAGGAUCCACCACCGCAUUUUUGGCUUCACCAUUCCCACAGCCAUGACGCUGAUCCAGGUCCGAUUUCCAGACCAAGAUCUCUUCCAAACCAACCCUAUACUCAUGCUGCUUAUGCUGUGUAGCGUCGGUACCUAUUCCUUGGCCUUCAGCCUCGAGCUGCUUCUCCAGAGUCUCAGUGUCACUGUCAGGGCCACUGCUCAGGCUCGCAAUUGGUCCAUUGCGUCUGGCUCAGUCUCACUUGCUUCAGUCUUGGGCCUUCUCUUGUCUCCACCCUCCUCCUGGCCCUGGCUGCCUCUCCUUUUGUGCUUCUUGCUGCUCACCCUGCUGGCUUUCGCCCCCAAACUGGUGCCUCUGGUGCCUCUUGUGCCUCUUGUGCCUGAACUCCUUUCUCUGUUUCGCCGCCUCCCCCACGGCCCUGUGUGGAGGCCAACACCACUAUUACCACUCUAA